AUGAUCCUGUUAUGGGUUACACUGCUUGUUCUUCAUCGAGGAUAUACGCUGGUUCCAGUGACCACAGUUCAACUUGGUGAUCCUGUGACUUUAACGUGUGAAUUGUUUGGUGAUGAGUUGAGAGAUGAAGUCCUUUGGUACAAGCAGAGUGCAGGGGAAACUCUGAAAUUAAUUGUGAGACUGCUGAAACAUGGAAACCGUGUGUAUGGACCAGAGUUUUCUGCCUCAAGAUUGCAUGUAAAAGUUUACAAGAAUAUUAGCAGUCUGACCAUUUUGAAGACGAUUCAAAAAGAUGAGGGAAUGUAUCACUGCACAGUCAUGGAGUGGACUGAGACUACCUGGAGUGGCACCUAUUUGUUAUUAAAAGGAAACACUCAGAGGACAUCAAACUAUGCUGUUGUUCAGUGGCCGACAGUAUCUGAUCCAGUCCGUCCAGGAGCCUCGAUGUCUCUCCAGUGUUCAGUCCUCUCUGACUCUGAGAAUAAAAUGUGUCCAGGAGAUCACAGUGUGUUCUGGUUCAGAGCCGGAUCAGAUAAAUCUCAUCCAAACAUCAUCUACACUGAUGGAAAUAGACGUGAUCAAUGUGACAGGAGAUCUGACACUCAGAAGAGUUGUGUUUAUCGCUUCUCUAAGAACGUCAGCUCCUCUGAUGCUGGGACUUACUACUGUGCUGUGGCCACAUGUGGACAGAUAUUAUUUGGAAAUGGAACUAAAGUGGAGAUUGAGCGAACAAGAAGUUUUGAAUUCAUUGCACUGGUGAUUGUGACCGUCUGCUUGGUCAUUUCUUUAACUGGAAAUAUUGUUUUCAUCUGUUACCGAAAUACAAGACCAGCAUGUUCUCAAUUUAGAGGAAUAGAAAGUGGUGCUUCGCAAGAAAGACAUGACAACUGGAGCCAGCCAGUACAUGAUAUUACUGAGGGUGGACCUGAUGUGAACUACGCUGCGCUGCAUUUCUCUGGAAACAAAGCCACAAGAGGAAGGAAGAAGAAAGAGCUGAAGACUGAGGAAAGUGUGUAUUCUCAGGUUAAAUACUCAGUGUGAAUGUGUGUAUAUUAAAACCUGCAGUUUGGUUUAUAGCUCUGACCUCUGUCAGUAAAAUACAUUGUAAAUGUUGUGGGAUCCCUUCAAACUUUAAUGACAGUGAGUUACAGCCAAAAUCCAAAAUCAUAGUAUACAGACUCUGUGCUCUUUAUGUUCUAUGUUUAACUGUAUAUUGAUCCUUGCACCAUAUCAUGUGUUUGCAUUCUUUUAUGUUUGAAAUAUUAAUGCUAGCUGGCUUCAUUAAAAAAUAACACACAAAAAACUUUGAUAGAGCUAUUGCAGACUAUCUUCUUUUUUCUACAUUUCUUUCAAACAAUUACAUCUCUGCUUUUAAUUAUAUCUGUUCUAAAAUAUUCUUUGCCUUUAUUUGGAGUCUUA